CUCGAUCUCGAUCAGAAUGGCCGACGACCAGCAUCCGCCUGCCAAGGAGCCGACCCAAAGUCCCUCACAGGAGACGACCAGGGAGCGGAAUGCGGCCACGAGAUUUGGUUUGGAGGACCACGAGGCCACGCAGCAGGAUGCCCGGGUGAACACACUGCGGCACGCGGAGGAGCGACGUGGCUCCAUGGCGCCUGCGCGCGCAAAUGAACCGCAUCGAGCACCAGGAGCACCGGGAGCUCCGGCAUCACCGAGUCCCAAGCCCGCUCCCACGCCAGCCAAGCCGUUGGAGGACAUUUCGUCCCGCAACUCCAUGAUACCAGGUGCCGCUGUGGCGCCAGAUCUUCCGCCAAAGCCACAGCGCUCCUCCGAUGCCGACGCCGAUGGGGAAUCCUCCGAGGUGGACAAGAAACCGGCUGGGAACCAGAAGAGGAAAUCGGAGAAGGUCGUAACGGAUUCAUCAUCAUCCUCGGACGAUGAGAUGUCGAAAAAGAAAACCGCGAGAACCGCUCCUGAACAAGCCGAUGAAUCACCUCCACCGCCAGAGCAACCUCAGCCGCAGCCGCAGCGGAAAUCCAUAGAUUUCGCGGAGGCAGAAGCCACGCCCAUCCCUGCGCCGCCGCCGCAGAGGCAGGAGGAUGUGCCAAUGCCGCCGCCCAUGAUGGCCUCCCUGCCCAACGAAGACAGCAAGGACGAUGUGCAGAGCCUGAACAGCAAGCUGACCAACACGGACAUCACCUUUCAUCCCUCGAAAGUGUUCGCCUCCAAGGGAACCAAUACCUCCGGCAUGAUCUAUUCGGACGAGGAGGAGGAGCAGCCGGCGGAGGAGGAAUUUCCCCCGCUGCCGGCUCAGUUCUCCGCCAGCGAUCUGGACACAUUGUUCCUGCUGGCCUGUCGCGAGGUGAGGAAGGCCGGCGCCAUCGCCCUGGCGGAGAACGAGAAGCAGCAGGAGUACACCACCAAGAAGCACACCAAUGACCUCGUCACUCCCGCCGACAAUAUUGUCGAGGAGAGCUUCAUCAAGGCCAUCAGUGCGAGGUUUCCCGAUCACAAUUUCAUUGCCGAGGAGCGCACUUCCAAGUCGGAGACCGGAAUGGUGACCCUGACGGAUGAGCCAACCUGGAUAAUCGAUCCCAUCGAUGGCACCAUGAACUAUGUCCACCACUUUCCGUACUACUGCAUCUCGGUGGCCUACAUGGUGAAUCGGGAGACCCAGUUCGGUAUUAUCUAUAAUCCUCCGAUGAAGAACAUGUACACGGCGCAGCGGGGAAAAGGGGCUCAGCUGAAUGGCGAGAUAAUAAGGACGACUGGCCAGGUCAACUUAUCCUCGGCGAUGGUCCUGCAGGAAUACAGCUCGGGCGGCAAUGAGACGCGCAACCUGAUAGCCCAAGAAAAUGCCCAGCGGCUGCUGAAGAAGACCCAUGCGAUGCGUUCCAUUGGAUCUUCUGCCAUGGGUUUGGCCAUGGUGGCCUCCGGAGUGGCGGAUGCCUACUACAACUUUGGAUUGCACGUUUGGGAUAUGGCGGCGGGAACUUUUAUAGUCAUCGAGGCGGGCGGAGUGGCAAUAGAUCCGGCUGGCGAGGAACUGGACAUAAUGUCCCGCAGAUGCCUGGCUGCCUCCACCGAGCAUUUGGCUUUGGAGCUGGGCAGCCACCUGGAGCAGAACUAUCCAUCGCCACGCGACGACGAACCGCGAUCCGUGAAUCCCAAUGAAUAUGGACCAGCUGCGGAGACCAGGGACUUUACCGGACAGACGGAUUUCCCCGAUACGGACACGCCGGAGACCACGGACACCGAAGUAGCCAACGAGAAGCCAGCGGCGACUGCCAACUGACCACCAGGAAGGCCGGCCUGAAUUUCCGUGUUUUUAGUUAUUUAAUAAAUUGACGAAAAUAACAUGGCCUUAAAAUUCAAAAGAA